AUGUGGAGCGAAGCGACCAAAUAUUUCAAUAUGGUUUGCCUGAAAUCUUGCAAUGAAAACUUCGAUACCAUGAAUGCCAGCACAAGUACCAUCCGUGAAUGGACGUAUACAAUGUCUGAAGACGAUGACUUAAAAAAGCAUUGGGAUGCGCUAACUGCUGGAGGGCCUGCCUUCAUCAAGGACUCGAUCAGCCAGUUCACCUUUCAGGCGCUGCCGGAGUCGGUCUGUCCAUAUAACGCUUCCAAGUGCAUCCCCUUCCCGGGAGUGGAGUUUGGGGAGCUCUAUGGUGGCUACUGCAGUUUCAAGAUGGGUGCUGACGUAGUAGCGGCGAUGGGAUCAGCUGCAGCACAAGUCUUUGAGAGUACUGGCCUGGCGUCUUUUCAAGAUAGUUCUUCUGAAACGCUUGGCAAGUGGAUGGGCGACUUCGAGAACUCGCUGCCUGCCUUCAUCCUUGUGGCCAUCUGUAGCUUUCUCAUUGGCUUCAUCUACUUGGUCCUCCUGCGAUUCCUCAUUAAGAUCUGUGUGUGGUUUGCGGUGUUCCUGGUCUUCCUGAUGCUCCUCGUUGGCGGUGGGCUUUGCUGGAUCCGAAGCAAGCAGUGUUCAGGCGCGGGCCUCUUUGAAACUGGACAGCAGGUGGCAGUGUCGAUUGCCGUCACGGCUCAGACUGCAGCGGACAACGCGCUGUCGGGCACUGAGGCAGUCAGUGAAGCCAUGACUGGAGAUGGUGCAGAUUACCGCGGGGUGCAGACACGCACCAAGAAUGGCUUCCACUGCGAGACGUGGGGACAAGGCAAUGCAGCCAACUACAAUAGCACCUCCUACCCGAACUCAGGCUUGGCGAACAACAACUUUUGCCGCAAUCCAUACCCAACGGGAGCAGCAAAUGUGGCCGCGACAAUAUGGUGCUUCACAACAGACACCAGUGUCACGUGGGAGACCUGCUCACCUGUUGGUGUCAUAGCACCAGAAUGCUCUGCCGGUUACGCCGUGACAAACAACGAGGUCAGGGUUGUCUUGGAGGUGGUUGGCUACGUGCUGUGGGUCUUCGCCGGCCUCUAUUUCUUCCUUGUUUGUUGCCUCGUGGACAGGAUUCGAUUGGCAAUUGCUGUGAACCAAGUCGCCGCUACCUUUGUGAAGGACACCCCGAGGAUUGUGAUCAUGCCGAUUCUUCAAGCCUUUUGCGGCAUUCUUUGGAUCUUGCUUUGGGCACUGUCUGCCAGCUUUCUACUCUCCCAAGUGCCGGAGGAUUACACACCCAAGGAGGCGUACACGUCCUAUGAUGAAGCAUUCGGGACGGCAACUGUGCCUGGCAAAUGCACUGACAAAUGGCCCACCGGCGGCGUCUACAAGUCUGAAACUUGUGAUUUGACCGUCAAUGGGACCUAUGCUUGCUGGAGGUGUUCGCCUCCUCGAUACGUAUUUGACUGGCGCUUUGGAGUUUCUUUCUUCGUUUUCUUAUGGAACAAUGCAUUAAACAUUGCCAUCGGGCAGUGCCUGAUUGCUGGCGCUGUUGGAAUUUGGUUCUUCACAUCAAAUGCUGAUAAGGGCAGCAAGCGAGUCAUUGCCCAGUCCACCUGGAAUGUCUUCCGCUACCACCUGGGUUCCUUGGCCUUCGGCUCGUUCAUCAUUGCAGUGAUACAGUUCAUUCGAUAUUUGAUGAAAUACUACGAGAAGCAGGCCAAGGCUGCGAAGAACCGGGUACUAGUUUUGGUCCUCAAAGUGUUGCAGUGCUGUAUAUGGUGCUUUGAGAAGUGCGUCAAAUUCUUGAACAAGAAUGCGUACAUACAAAUUGCUUUGAUGGGUACGAACUUUUGUACAUCUGCGAAGAAGGCUUUCUUCCUGAUAUUGCGAAAUGCGUUCCGCUUUGGAACCGUGGCAAUUCUUGGGACCAUGAUCCAUGCCAUCGGCUUCCUGUUCAUUAUUGCGUCCAGUGUUGCACUGGGCUACCUCAUCCUGACGGGGCUCUACCCCGACAUUGCGCCUGCCGUUAGUCUCAUCAUCUAUGGCUGUACAGCAUAUGUUGUUUCGAAGCUCUUCAUGAACGUUUUUGGUCUUGCAGUUGACACCACUUUGCAAUGUUUCAUCGCCUGUGAGGAAAUGGACCUGGGAGGCGACUUCGUUCCGAGCUCCAUGUCGAGAUGGCUUGACAAAUCCAAGCCCAUCGUAGAUGAGGACGAGGAAUGA